GCGCCCUCCUGCUUCCACCCCCGGCAGCGGCAGGGGCAGGAGGAGACGACGGUCGCCACCGGCGCCCUGCACCGGCGGAUGUCGGAUCGGGAGCUCCGCCCCCUGCGCUCCAUCAGAAUCACAGGGGACGGUCGAUGCCUGUUCAGGUCCGUCGCCUACGGCGCCUGCCUGAGGAGAGGAAAGCAUGCGCCCAGCGACAGCGCCCAGAAGGAACUGGCCGACGAGCUCCGAGCCAAAGUAGCUGAUGAGUUCGUCAAGCGAAGAGGAGACACCGAAUGGUUCCUUGAAGGCAGCUUUGAGAGUUAUGUGAGACAGAUGAGAAAGCCUCAUGCUUGGGGAGGGGAACCUGAGCUGUUCAUGUGUUCCCACGUUCUCAGGAUGCCCAUCACCGUCUACAUGUAUACGGGCAGCUCCGACGGCCCAAGGAUCAUAGCGGAAUACGGCCAGGAAUACGGAAAGGACGAUCCAGUCCGCGUUCUCUACGACGGCUACGGGCACUACGACGCACUCCAGCCAUCUCUCGUAAGAACACAAUCAUCGAGACUGCGAGGUGUGUAGGUCACCGGGGGCUGCGCUGCCUAAGCUUCUUCUACAGGACAGCUGCGUAACUGCGAGCAGCUCAAGAUUUGACGACGCUAUUUUUUUACUCCAGUUCCACACAGCCGUAUAGCCAAUACGAAACUAUGCCUGGCGGCUUUGACUGUACCAGCCUUUUCUGUUCUUCAACGUUUGAUGUAUAAAUAAACACACACACACAC